UAGAGGAGGGAUCGGAGAAGGCCUGUGCAGGACACAAAGGUUGGAGGCAAGGGAGAGAGAGGAAGAAAGGGCAGGAGGAGAGGCGGAACAACCCGUCUCCCUCCACCUCUCUGCCUUCUUCUCCCGCGCCCCCCAUCCUCCCCCAUCCAUCGCACGAACGCACUGAUCGGCCGGCCACCGGCGUCCAUCUCGGUUGGCGUGGCCGCGGCGGCCUGUCGCAAUCACCAGGCGGUGGCGCGAUGCAGGGAGGCCCUCUGAGCCCGGACGAUUACCGGGCCGCGUCGCCGCCGCCGCUGCUGCACCAGGCGGCGCCCACCAUCGUCGUGGCCAUCGACCGCGACCGGAACAGCCAGCUGGCCGCGAAGUGGGUCGUGGACUACCUCCUCUCCAGCGCCUCCCACAUCAUCCUCCUCCACGUCGCGGCCCACCACCACCCCUCCAACCAUGGAUUUUCCAUGGCGGAGUCGACGCAUGGGCCGCACGGCUCGCUGGAGGCUGAGAUGAAGGAGCUCUUUGCCCCCUACAGAGGAUUAUUCAGCCGGAAUGCGCAGGUGGACGUAUCCGAGGUCGUUUUGGAGGAGCCAGACGUGUCCAAGGCCAUUCUAGCUUACAUCACUGCAAACAAGAUCCAGAGCAUUGCGCUCGGCGGAGCAUGCAGAAAUGCAUUCACCAAGAAAUUCAAGAACGCGGACGUGCCGUCGACCCUGAUGAAGUGCGCGCCGGACUACUGCAACAUCUACGUCGUCGCCAAGGGCAAGUCCGUCAACGUCCGGCUCGCCAGGUGCGGCGUGCCGCCUUUCGGCGGCGCCGACAUCCUUCGCGACGCCGAGUCCCUCCGGGGGUCGGCGCUGUACGCGCGGCGCGGGUCCAGGGGGUACCUGCCGCCGGCGACGCCGCCUGACGCGACGAGGCGCUCCGUCGACGGCCGCACCCUGCCGGAGCUCACCACGCGGCCGCCGUUCCGCGAGCGAUCGCUCGCGGGCUCGGCGACCAAGAACCUGAUGCCGUUGUCCAAGGACCACUCCGACGCGUCCAUCCGGUCGGCGAGGCACGACUCCCUCUCCGAGCUCGACUUCGGCUCCUCCAUGGACUUCGGCGAGAACCUCGACAUGUCCACCACACUCACCGCCAGCCCCGGCCAUGAGCCCAUGUCGCCGGCAUCCGGCCAAGCGCAUCGGGAGCUGGAGGCCGAGAUGCGGCGGCUCCGGCUGGAGCUCCGGCAGACGAUGGACAUGUACAACGCGGCGUGCAAGGAGGCUAUCAACGCGAAGCAGCGUGCCAAGGAGAUGCAGAUGCUGAAGCUGGAGGACGCGCGGCGGCUGGAGGAGGCCCGGCACGCGGAGGAGGCGGCGCUGGCUCUGGCCGACAUGGAGAAGGCCAAGUGCCGAACGGCCAUGGAGGCCGCCGAGGCGGCGCAGAGGCUGGCCGACCUGGAGGCGCAGCGGCGGCGCAACGCCGAGAUGCGCGCGCGCCGCGAGGCCGACGAGAAGGUGCGCGCCCUGGACGCCAUCUCCAACCACGACUUCCGGUACCGCAAGUACCACAUCGACGACAUCGAGAUGGCCACGGAGCGCUUCUCCGACGGCCUCAAGAUCGGCGAGGGCGGGUACGGCCCCGUGUACCGCGCCUCCCUCGACCACACCCCCGUCGCCAUCAAGGUGCUCCGGCCCGACGCGCACCAGGGGCGGAAGCAGUUCCAGCAGGAGGUGGAGGUGCUCAGCUGCAUCCGCCACCCCAACAUGGUGCUCCUCGUCGGCGCCUGCCCGGAGUACGGCUGCCUGGUGUACGAGUACAUGGACAACGGCAGCCUGGAGGACCGGCUGUACCGGCGCGGCGGCACGCCGCCGAUCCCGUGGAGCCAGCGGUUCCGGAUCGCGGCGGAGAUCGCGACGGCGCUGCUGUUCCUGCACCAGACGAAGCCGGAGCCGCUGGUGCACCGGGACCUGAAGCCGGCCAACAUCCUGCUGGACCGCAACUACGUGAGCAAGAUCAGCGACGUCGGGCUGGCGCGCCUGGUGCCGCCGUCGGUGGCGGACAGCGUGACGCAGUACCGGCUGACGGCGACGGCGGGCACCUUCUGCUACAUCGACCCGGAGUACCAGCAGACGGGGAAGCUGGGCGUCAAGUCGGACAUCUACUCCCUUGGCGUGCUGCUGCUGCAGGUGGUCACCGCGCGGCCGCCCAUGGGGCUCACGCACCACGUCGAGAAGGCCAUCGACGCCGGCACCUUCCACCAGAUGCUCGACAUCACCGUCAAGGACUGGCCCGUCGAGGAGGCGCUCGGCUUCGCCAAGCUCGCGCUCAAGUGCACGGAGAUGCGGCGGAGGGACCGCCCGGACCUCGCCACCGUCAUCCUGCCGGAGCUCAACCGGCUAAGGAACCUCGGCAUCGCCUACGACGCGCGCAUGACGGCCGCUGCCAGCUGCGGCGGCGGCGGCGACGGCGGCGUGCACGCCAGCGUGAGCUCCACGACGCUGGGUGGCUCGUGGAAAACGGCGGAGAGCUAGCGGUCGACUUGCUUGUCAGUUAGGGAGGGAGAUUUUUGUACUUACGGGGAGGGUUAAAUCCAAAAGCUAAGUCUUGGUGUAUGCACAGUUCUGUGUAUGAGAAAUACUAACACGUC